UUCAGUGAUCGUGGCUCGCAUGAAGGUAACCUCGCUCAUAUAGAUCAUAAUUUUUUAGCUGCCAGCAGGUAGCGCUGCCUUGCGCACGCUGACCCGAAUGGGGAAAAAAGUUAGUGUUGCUCUGAGAUUUAACGCUUGCGCAGAACAGGUUGCUUGGCCAGUUCCACUGGUUGACUUACCUGAGAGGUACAUCAGUUUCGUUCAUUAACAGAAACGAAAAACCAGCGAAGCUGUCACGCGCCGUCAUUCAUCAGGACUCCGGUAAGCGCGAGGAGAAGUUAUUUUAGAGCGUGAAUCCUAUUUAUAAAAUUAAGAUUAAACAAGAGCAAGGACGGAAGUAGCCUAUAUUCUCAGGAUUUUGGCACCGCAGGUGUGCUUGUGUUGUUUCGCCCGUACGCCACGAGUGCUCCAGGAAACUGAGCUCGUGACUGGUCGUUGGAUCCAGACUUGUCCCCACUACAUUGCACGUCUAAUUCCGGUCGACUCUGCUUUCGCCGUCGCGGAAAGCCUGGGAAACAGCUGGAUGCCUUCCUUUUGAGUGCCGCCGUUAGCAGUCCGGUAUCGGCGCCGUUUUCACUGAUCGAUUAAAGCGCUGUUCCCCCGUGGGGAAAAGAUGAUGGGUUUUCUUCGCAGGACGUUUAGCCGUCGGUCAAAGAGACGUUUUCGGACGUCUGACGAGCUGGACGGGACCGGCAGAGGCGGAAACGCAGUACUUCAGGCGCACCAGCAGCAGGUGAUUCACGCGCCGACUGUAGUGACCGGGGGAGCCGUAGUGCACAUCCCCGCUGCAGGCAACAGCAAAGACGCCAUCACGUGCAGAGUCCUGCUGCUGGACGGAUCGGAUGUCAGUGUGGAGUUACCGAAACACUCCAAAGGACAGGAUCUGUUUGAUCAGAUUAUGUAUCAUUUGGAUCUGGUGGAGGCUGAUUACUUUGGCCUGCAGUUCAUGGAUCAAGAGCAGGUUGCGCACUGGUUGGAUGCAGCCAAGCCCAUAAAGAAGCAGAUUAGACAUGGACCUCCAUACAGAUUGUUUUUCAGAGUUAAGUUCUAUUCAUCAGAGCCCAAUAACCUCCAUGAGGAGUUCACCAGGUAUCUCUUUGUACUGCAGCUUAGACAAGACAUACUGUCUGGCAAGUUAAAAUGUCCGUAUGAUGUGUCUGUGGAGCUUGGAGCUUAUUGCCUUCAGAGUGAACUUGGGGAUUGUGACCCAUUAGAACACUCUAUUGUUUUAGUAUCAGAGUUUCGUUUUUCACCCAAACAGACAGAGAUCAUGGAGGCAGAUAUCUACCGUAAAUGGGCUGAGUGCAGGGGAAUGAUUCCAUCGCAAGCUGAACUGAAUUUUCUAAAUAAGUGCAAGUGGCUGGAGAUGUAUGGAGUGGACAUGCACUUUGUGAAGGGACGGGAUGGAGGAGAAUAUGCCCUGGGACUCACACCAACUGGUAUCCUUGUGUUUGAAGGAUCAAGCAAAAUUGGUCUCUUCUUUUGGCCUAAAAUAACCGGUCUUGACUUCAAGAAGAACAGACUGACUUUAGUAGUGGUGGAGGAUGACGAGAAGGGCCGAGAGCAGGAGCAUACCUUUGUGUUUCAGCUGUCGAGUUCUCGGGAGUGUAAGCACUUAUGGAAGUGUGCUGUUGAGAGCCAUGCCUUCUUCCGGCUCAGACAGCCAGCCCAAAGCAAGCACAGCCACAAUGACUUCACACGCCUUGGCUCACGCUUCAGAUUCAGUGGAAGGACUGAAUAUCAGGCCACACAUAGUGGUAAAGUCAGGAGGGCAAGCACUUUUGAGAGAAGACCAAGUAAAAGAUACCCAUCACGGGCCCAUUCAAUGGGCAAGGCCAUCACUCCAGCAAAACAUCCACAUCUAAGUGCCCAGACUAGCCCUGACCCAAGCUUACAACCGUAUAAGUGCAACAUUCCAAUUGCACAGGAACCCUGGCAACGAUCACAUCCGUCCAAUUUGACCCCUCCCCUGUACAUUCAGCCAAUUGAAACGGGAUAUGCUCCACCCCCUCAUAGUUUCCCUUUAAGCAGUGCAGACACUCGGAGGUUUAGUGUGGAAGAGAAUGAAGCUCCUCAUUCUGGAAAGAUCCAUCACUGCCACCAUCACCAUGGAUACGAAAAACAGGAAGCCCUGUGCAUCACGACAGCUUCACCUAAUGCUUGGGUCGUGUCUCCUGAAUGCAAAGAUUUGCACAGUCAGAACCAGUUGGAAGCAGAACCAGCACCUUGGCCAGCCCUCCAUAUCAAUAUAGACAUGGCAAAGGAAAAACCACUGUCUGAGAAAAGUCUUCCUUCCUCCCCUGCGGUUCUACAGGAACAGUUCAAGAGCAUAAUCUCCAAACAUGCCACCCAAAGUGAUAGUGGAACCUCAAAGGGAAACUCUUCAAGUGGAGACCAAACUGACAGGUAUCCCAACUCCUCACAGGAUUCAGGCUCAAGCAGUCUGAAUACAGAGAAGCCAAGAGUUGAUCGGCGCAAACGCCUCGUCCGACAGUUCAGCUUUAACCAUAGUGAUGAAGAUGACCUUCCAGAGGCACUUGCAGCCAUAUCCUCCCAGUGCAGUUUGGGAAAAUCCAUGUCAAGCAGCUCACUGGACAAACAAGUUCAGCCACCAAUUUUCCCACCGCAGAAGGAUGCUUCACGGUUGGAGCCUUGUGACAACUCCCCACUCUUCUAUCCAAGUCCAGUACCUCACCUGCUACCCUAUUCUGCACACACUGAAAGCUCUGAAGAUUCACGGAUGGAGAGAGAAAAACUGCUGAGGGCUCUGUUAAUGACAGAACUCUGAGACAACAUGCACACAACACAACUGCUUACAGACAACGACCCCUAAUUGGCAAACAGAACCAUUAACUCAAUGCGCUGUUUUCACUGUAUAUGGACCUAAAACAAAUCUCCAUGACAAAAGUUAUUUUUGCAUGUUUAAAGCAGUCACAGAACAUGGUUUCCAAAAGCAUUUGCUUGUUUGCUUAUUCUGUUAGUAGCAUGGCAUAAGUAUUGCCCCUAUAAACUACUGUGCAAACUAAAAUAACCAGUGGCUACUUUUAAUAAUUCUUUAGAUUUUUUCUUUUCUUAUUUAUUUAUUUUUUAAAUCUGUGGUUUUCUUGGGAUUUGGAGUUGAGAGGCCAGAGUUAAUUGAAACGGAUCAGGCCUGGCAUUCAGUUGUCAGCGUAUAAGCCUACUUAUUUGGCUAUGUUCGCAAUAGCAUACUACUCCCACUAUUUCUGCAGAAAGCACAUUGCAUGCAUAGUAUAGGCUACCCCGAUUAACCUACUACAUGUUUUAAAAUAUGUAGUGUACAGUAGAGCACACUGCAUGGGAUGCUGUGUUCCACAAUGCAAUGCGCUUGACUUUAUUAUUAUUAUUUUUGACCGUAAUAUUUUUAUUUAUUUAAGGCCUAUUGUCACGUAUUGAAGGCAUUGAGUCCCGCAUUCAAGGCACUAAAUGCUCAGAUACAGUAUUUGCGUGGCGAAAGUUGACGAACCCUAAUUUGACUCGACCUACCUUAUUUUUGAGCUACAUUUACUUGACGAAUGAGCUGAAAGAAAUAUCAAGCAUAUUUUUAACAUCUCCCUUUUGACUAAGCCCAUUUUCAUUAUUAUCUAACUGCUAAAAGUUUGUUUUGUUAACAAAACUAGAUACUUUACUAAAAAUGGCAAACCAAUUGUUUUUGUUUCUCAAAUAACACACUUCACUGAACUUGCAAAUUUAAUGAGGUCAGAUGUUGUAGCAUACUAUUGUUUGAAACAUUUACUAAACAUUUAAUACAUGUACUAAAAAAAAAAAUAUAGUACCUUUUGCUUUUUUAUGCUAGUCGUACAUUUUGAACAUGCCGACCGUGCUUACAUGUCAUGGUCAAGGUACUUACUCUAUAUUUUGUGAAAUAUUUGACUGCUAUCGCUACUGUACUCUUUGAUAUGAAAUUAGAAUUUUAUACUACAACCUUCUUUUUCUCUCUUAUAAAAAAAUAAAUAACUUUUCAGGAAGAGCGUUGAGUAAUCCAGCUUUGAAGCUCACAAUGCCCACUAGAGGGCAUUAAAUAUGCAUUUCAGGUUUGCCUUUGAGAAGUUGGUUAGCAGGAACAAAGUGAAAUUUGAGCUUUUUUAUUUUCUUGUUUACAACAUUAUCAUAAGGGAGAGCAACUCCAGUGAUAAUAUUUUGAUAUAAUCACACUGAUUGAAAUGGUCAAAUC